CCGCAACGUCCGCCAUCCACCAGCGGCCCCACAAAUCCAUGGAGUUCCUUCUUGACAAGGAAAAUCUGCACUUUGUCAAGAUCGGCGUUCGCUCUCGAUGUGUCUCGAAGGGCUCGCAUCCUCGAUUAUAGAUUGAAAAGCGACCACACACAAUACGAUGACGACGACUCACGAACUCGUUAAUAACACCGUGUGUCAAAUUUUGGUCGAGUCUGCGGCGAGAAGCUGCGACGAGGACCUCGUCGCAUCGACCUUGGCGCAGCCGCCGGAAAAUGAGUUGCAAAAAGUAGGCGAGCGCGUGCCGAGCGAGCAUGAACUUCGAGUGCAGCGAUCGUUGCAGCGGCUCAACGUCCCUGACUGGUACAAGAAUUCACCUGCUGCCCGCGACGGCUUCCGAUUCAAAAGACACUCGGAUGCGUCGCAGCAUGGAGGGUGGCGCGCCCUCGGUUCUAAAACCACCUCACUGUCGUCUCUCUCGUCGUCUUCCAAUCGGCAGCCGACCACAGGUGCUCUUCUAAGUCCCAGUCCGACGCCCCCUGUAUUUUCGAGAUGGAGUACCAGCUUGCUGAACAGCGCCGGGAGUUCGCCCGCUAGUUCGGCCAGGUCGUCUUUCAAUCAUCGACAACCCUACUUAGGUUGGCGUUCUCAGGAGCGAUUAACUAAUCCGCGUACACCAGCGGAACGUCUUGCUCAGGGUAUUCUUCCUCAGUUGCAGGCCGCAAACAAGCAACAGCAACAACAACAGCAGCAUACAACGAAUCAGCAGCUGGAAGUACGAAACUCGAUAAAAGAGGUGACCUCGGCCAUUGUGCACUAUGUGCAGAGCGGCCAGGAGGUCGGCGGUGGCAGCAGACUAUCGCCUCGAUCUCGGCCUGAAGAUUGGGACGACAGGGGCGGAGCGAGAUCUACCAGCCCCAGAGGGAGCGUGAGGCUAUGCUGGAUGGAGAGCUCGUUCGUCGGCACGCGACCCGUGGACUCACCGGAGACGCCAUUGAGCUUGACAACCGAUCAGGAGGCCGGCGAUUGCUGCAAUGCGGCUGGUACCGAGUCCUGCAGCUGCCAGGACUCGGUUGCCUCCGGUCUCUACCUGGACCUGACACCCAGUCGGGACGACAUACGCCACAAGCAUCAUCAGACAUCUUCGGCCGGUCCAUCGCCCACGUCCUCCUUUAAUUAUCAUCAUCACAAUUAUCAGCAGCGUCAUCAGCAACAACAACGUCAUCACCGCGGAUCGGGCCAGAGCGAUACGGACGAGGCGAUGGCGACGGCAGCUCUUCUACGGAACAAACCGAGCCCGGGCUCCACGACUCUGGAGGACGUACUUGACUCCCUUCUGGGGCUGCCACCCGCGUCGCGUACCCCGAGUCCUGGCCCGGGACCCGUCGUGACCGCCACGUCCGCCAUCCGCCAUCGCCAUAUGAACGUCGGCCAGGCGAAUGCCGGAAAGAGCUGCAGCGAUCUACACCAAGACCUCCAAGAGUCCGCUAAAAGCGUGAUGGAUGUUCAUCAGGCGGCUACGGAAGAUCAGCGUAAUUUCUACUCCGGCGAGUUGGCGAGACGGAAGAGCGAGGGCAGCGAUACGUUGCCGGCGUCGCGCGCCGCGGUCGCGGCCGCCUCGUCCUCGUCGCUUAUGCCGCGCAGUACGUCGCGUCAUCGUCGGGUGUCUUUCGACAACGCCCAGGAUUCAACGACCAACGGCAGCUCGGCCAUGGACAAAGUGGUGCGCUGCCGCAACAACAAAUGUGCCAAUUCGACGACCCUGGCCGAAGCGAGAAGAACGUACAAAAGCUGUCACAAUUGCACCUGUCUGUACUGCUCGCGCGAAUGCCGUAGAGCCCAUUGGCAACGUCAUCGCAGGACCUGUCUUCACUCCCGCGCCGGCAGCCUUUGCCGCCUGGUAUUGUCUUCAGCGAAAGAGGAUCCGGCCACUCUCAAACACAUUUCGGCCCUCGCCAAACGGGGCUAUUCCGUUCAUGGACGCGGCGCGGUUAAGUGCUUCUUCACGAGUCCCGAGACGGCCGAGCGUUUCGUUAGCAACGGCUUUGCCGAUCUCGGCGAACCGACGUACGUACGCUGGCCGGAUCUUCUGCCGGGCGAGAUGGGCGCCGAACUCUACGCCGAACUGAUGCGUCUCUGUAAGACAUACAAUCCGGAGACACGAUUGGUGCUCUAUGUAGCGGUGUGCGUGGUCAGCGAGGUACCUACCAGCGGCGCCGUCAGGUGGGAACGCCAACUGGUGUCCAGAUGUGCCAAGAUCAGACUCGACGGUGUGGCCAAGCAGCAUCCUCCCUCGUCCUCGACGUCGCCGCAAGCCAAGCGGCAACAGACACCCGGCUCGCCCUGCAACAUCACCAGGGAGAUGGACUCGCCGGAGACCCUAGUGUUGACGUCGCUACCCGGAAACAAUGGACAGAACACAUCGCGAAGAGCUCGAGAGAUUAGCUUCACCAAUAUUCAGCGACAACUAAGGCUCCGAGGUGUUUCCCUGAGGAGGCACUUUCCCCAGGUUUAUCGGAAGCUCUGUUCCUACGUAGAAGGCUCGGUAGACAAGUUUGCGCCAGUGACCAUUUAUCCCAGGGAUCAGGCGUCCGGCAAAAGCUUCAUGUGCAUCAUCAUGCUAGACGCGGAACCUGAACGUCUUCAAUUGUUGCCCACUGACUCGUCCAGAGUAAGAACGGUGGAUAUCAGCGUGGAACAAGAGUAAAGGUCGUGCCAUCCGAAAGAGAAGAAGAAAUUUGAUAAAAAAUUCGAGAUUGCACAAUAUGUCGUCAAUGAGUUUCUUCAAACUGAAGACGAUUUCAUCGCAGAUGGAGUGUGAAUCCAGAUAAUGUGAAAAAUUUUAAACAUGUCUCAGUUGAGUCGGACAUUGUUUGUACCAUCUAGCAAGAUUGCAUUUCAAAUAGGAAAACAAAAAGAAAACAAACAAACAGAAUAGAAAUUAAGAAAAGUCUCAGGUGGAUCCAUUCCAGAUGUCGGUUUACAAACUAUAUAACGUGAUUUCUCACACAUAUAUACGAAGACUGUUUCUAUCUUUCCUUCUAGAGAAAAAAA